GACCAAUAUUGUCUUCUACUUACAUCUAUCUAUCAUUUUGAGGAUCAACAAAAUGUUUCUAAAAACCUCAAUUUCCACUACCAAAAAGCUCAUCCAGAAAACGUUAUACAAUGUGAAAUAUUUAUUCUCUGGUGGAGGUGGAGGUGGUGGAUAUGAAAAGAUUCCAAAAACCUACACACAGCAGAAGAGGAUAAUAAUAAUGUCGUCUCCGCCGCCAACAAAGGAAGACCAAGUUUCAAAGAGGAAGGAGAUAAUCAUGUACGAUGGAAUAAAGAAGAAAUAUGAAGAAAAAAGAAUUAGAGAUGAAAGGAGUUAUUUGGUGGCUCAAAAGCUAAACGAAUUGAAAAUGUUAGAGAACUACAAAGACGAACAUGCUCUCGAUAUUGAACAAGUUCUUUAUUACUACUCGCGUCUUACUUGCCCCGCUUAUGUUGAAAUUGUGGACAACUUUUUCAUGCAAAUUUACUCUGAACUUUUUGGAGCUAGUAUAGUUAAUUAACUUGUAAUACUAAUUCAUUCUUCUUUUUCUUCAUUUUCAUCUGCUAUGGAAAAUAACACCUUCGUCCUUCACUUGUCUACCUUCCUCCAUUUUCUCAUCUCAAAUAAAU